CACAAAUAGCCCUCAUCUUUGGCAGAAAACCCAAACACACCCCUCACCCCUUCUUCGAUGCUCAGAAGAGAAGAAGCGCGAGCGCCUUGGUCCUUCUUGCACACACUUUCAGCCUUCAGGCCCUAUCAGCCCACCAUUGCCGUUUCUUCCCCUCUACUCAUCACCUUCAACGCUCGCUUUCUCUAUCUAGGUAUCAACGGUGGUGACUGGUGACUUCUGAUCGGACGGCGUUCCUCUCGUGAGAAUCAUGACCAUGAUGACUCCACAACCGUUAGAUCAGGAAGAUGAAGAGAUGCUUGUGCCACAUACAGAGCUAGUGGAAGGUCCUCUUGCUUUGGAUGGCACUCCACCUGUUGAAGGCCCCCGGCCUAUGGAAGUCAUGGGUCAAGCAGAAGUUGUUAGCACUGCAGAGAAUCAAGCAGCUGAUGAAACUCAGGCAUCUAGGCAUACAUGGGUAAUUGAGAAUUUCUCUCGUCAGACCAACAAAAAGCUUUAUUCAGAUAUUUUCGUGGUUGGUGGAUUUAAAUGGCGUGUGCUUAUAUUCCCAAAGGGAAACAAUGUGGAAAAUUUGUCCAUGUAUCUAGAUGUGGCUGAUUCCUCAACCUUGCCAUAUGGUUGGAGUAGAUAUGCCCAAUUCAGCUUGGCUGUGGUUAAUCAGAUUCACAAUAAGUUCACAAUGAAAAAAGACACACAACAUCAGUUUCAUGGAAGGGAAAGCGAUUGGGGUUUCACAUCUUUUAUGCCACUUAGUGAUCUAUAUGACCCCAGUAAAGGCUACCUAGUGAACGACACAUGUAUUAUUGAAGCUGAUGUGGCAGUACGAAAAGUGGCUGAUUAUUGGAGUUAUGACUCAAAGAAGGAGACUGGCUAUGUUGGGCUUAAGAACCAAGGAGCAACUUGUUACAUGAACUCUCUCCUUCAAACUUUGUACCAUAUUCCUUACUUUAGAAAAGCUGUGUAUCAUAUGCCAACAACAGAAAAUGACAUGCCAUCAGGGAGUAUUCCUCUUGCUCUUCAAAGCUUAUUUUAUAAGCUUCAAUAUAACGAAACUAGUGUCGCGACAAAAGAAUUGACAAAAUCUUUUGGAUGGGAUACAUAUGAUUCUUUCUUGCAACAUGAUGUGCAAGAACUUAAUAGGGUGUUAUGUGAAAAACUUGAAGAUAAAAUGAAGGGUACAGUUGUAGAAGGUACAAUACAGAAGUUAUUUGAAGGACACCAUAUGAAUUACAUUGAAUGCAUCAAUGUGGACUUCAAGUCAACUAGAAAAGAAUCGUUUUAUGAUCUUCAACUUGAUGUGAAAGGCUGUCGUGAUGUUUAUGCUUCUUUUGAUAAAUAUGUUGAAGUGGAAAGACUUGAGGGUGACAAUAAAUACCAGGCUGAAGAACAUGGUUUGCAGGAUGCUAGGAAGGGAGUCUUAUUUAUUGAUUUCCCGCCUGUUCUUCAACUUCAACUGAAGCGCUUUGAGUAUGAUUUCAUGAGGGAUACAAUGGUAAAAAUAAAUGAUCGUUAUGAAUUUCCAUUAGAGCUGGAUCUUGAUAGGGAGGGUGGCAAGUAUCUAUCUCCUGAUUCAGAUAAAAGUGUUCGCAACCUUUAUACCCUUCACAGUGUAUUGGUUCAUAGUGGUGGGGUCCAUGGUGGACACUACUAUGCAUUCAUCAGGCCAACCCUAUCAGAUCAAUGGUUCAAGUUUGACGAUGAGAGGGUUACGAAAGAAGAUUUGAAAAGGGCAUUAGAAGAGCAAUAUGGUGGCGAGGAGGAGCUGCCCCAGACCAAUCCUGGCUAUAAUAACGCUCCGUUUAAAUUUACAAAAUACUCAAAUGCAUACAUGCUUGUGUAUAUACGUGAGAGUGACAAGGAGAAGAUAAUUUGUGAUGUGGACGAGAAAGAUAUUGCAGAACACCUAAGGAUAAGGUUGAAGAAAGAGCAAGAAGAGAAGGAAGACAAGAGAAGAUACAAAGCCCAGGCUCAUCUUUACACUAUUAUAAGGGUUGCACGUGAAGGUGAUCUAUUAGAACAGAUGGGGAAAGAUAUAUAUUUUGAUCUUGUCGAUCAUGAAAAAGUGCACAGUUUCCGUAUCCAAAAACAGAUGCCGUUUAACCUUUUCAAGGAGGAGGUGGCAAAAGAAUUUGGUAUACCUGUUCAAUGCCAGAGGUUUUGGAUAUGGGCAAAGAGGCAGAAUCAUACAUACCGUCCCAAUCGCCCUUUGACACCACAAGAGGAAACACAAUCUGUUGGCCAAUUAAGGGAGGCUUCUAAUAAAAACAACAGUGCUGAACUGAAAUUGUUCUUGGAGAUAGAGAUUGGGCCGGAUUUGAAGCCUCUCCCACCACCUGAAAAAACAAAAGAUGAUAUACUUCUUUUCUUCAAGCUUUAUGACCCUGAGAAGGAACAACUUCGUUUUGUUGGUAGGUCUUUUGUGAAGAAUUUUGGUAAGCCAAUUGAAAUUAUACCAAAGUUGAAAGAAUUGGCUGGAUUUAGUCCUGAUGAAGAAAUUGAACUUUAUGAGGAAAUAAAAUUCGACCCAUGUGUCAUGUGUGAGCGUCUCGACAAGAGUGCUUCGUUUAAAUCUAGCCAGAUUGAGGAUGGGGACAUCAUUUGCUUCCAGAAACUUCAUCAGGCUCUUGCUGUAGAGAAAUAUCGACAUCCUGAUGUUCCUUCAUUUUUGGAAUAUGUGAAAAAUCGUCAGAUAGUUCAUUUUCGAUCUCUGGAUAGACCUAAGGAGGAUGAUUUCUCUCUGGAAUUGUCAAAGUCGCAUACAUAUGAUGAUGUGGUGGAAAGAGUGGCUCAGAAACUUGGUCUGGAUGAUCCAUCAAAAAUCAGGCUUACUCCUCAUAACUGUUAUUCUCAGCAACCCAAGCCCCACCCCAUUAAAUAUCGAGUUGCAGAUCAUCUGCUAGACAUGCUGGUUCACUACAAUCAGAUUUCUGAUAUUCUGUACUAUGAAGUGUUGGAUAUUCCUCUGCCAGAGUUGCAAUGUCUGAAAACUCUCAAGGUUGUUUUUCAUCAUGCCAAGAAGGAAGAGCCUGUAAUUCAUAACAUCAGGUUGCCUAAGCAGAGCACUGUUGGAGAUGUUCUUAAUGAGUUAAAGACAAAGGUGGAACUGUCACAUCCAAAUGCUGAACUGAGACUGCUUGAAGUAUUCUAUCAUAAGAUUUACAAGAUCUUUCCACUAACAGAGAGAAUUGAGAAUAUAAAUGAUCAGUACUGGACAUUACGUGCAGAGGAAAUUCCUGAAGAAGAGAAAGAUCUGGGACCCACAGACCGGUUGAUCCAUGUUUACCAUUUCACAAAAGAGACGGCACAGAACCAGAUGCAAGUACAAAACUUUGGAGAGCCUUUCUUUCUGAUAAUUCACCAAGAUGAAACUUUGGGUGAUGUCAAACUUCGUAUUCAGAAGAAAUUGCAGGUUCCUGAUGAUGACUUUUCCAAGUGGAAGUUUGCGUUUUUAUCACUCGGACGACCUGAGUAUCUUGAAGAUUCCGACAUUGUGUCUAGCCGUUUCCAGAGAAAAGAUGUUUAUGGCGCAUGGGAGCAGUACCUUGGAUUGGAACACCCAGAUACCACUCCGAAAAGGCCAUUCACAGCUAACCAGAACCGUCACACAUAUGAGAAGGCGGUUAAAAUAUACAACUAGAAGAAGAAGAAGAAGAAGAAUGUAAACAAGUAUUUCAAGGAAGGAGGAUGUGUCUAAUUCUCUUUUAUUAUUAAUUAUGAUUAUGAUUAUGAUACGAUUUAUGGAUUGGUUGGUGGUGUUUAUUCAUUUUUGACUGUGGGUUGGUUUGACUUUGUGUUGGGGUGAUUUGGUAAACUCAAACUCUAAAGCAAGCAGUACAUAACAAGAUUUUGGCCUA